UCUAUUAGUGAACCCAUCGCUGUGAAUAGCCUCUGUAUUUGUGUGUUGUUCAUGACUUCAUAAGGGAACUGUAUAUAUUCAUAGACUGUGGCCUAUGUAUGUAUUUGUUAGUUGUUCGUGUGUAUGUGUGGUCACAAGCUUCAUUUAACUGACAGAAUUUUGUUUAGACUAGCAGUAUAGUCCAUAGGCACUGGGAGCUAGCAUUUCAGAGUAUGGUGAACGAGAACGUCGUUAUUGCAGUAUCAGUGACACUUAUACUCUUACUUCUAGCUGCUAUUGUUGCUUGCGUAUGGUUUUAUGUGUGUUGUGGUAGUCAAAGCACAACUGACAUAUAUCAGAGGCAGCAUCAAUCAACAACAAGGGCUGAACCCAAAACAGCAUACCAUCCAAAGUACAGCACAGCAAGUUAUCCUUAUGUUCAGGACAUGGAGAGACAAGGGAGACUGACUGACCAGUUAACUUAUAAUGAGCAGCAAGCUCUUGCUCUCUCACCCAUUAGGGUUCAACCUACUGUUAGAAGUGGCAAACUUUUCAAAUCUGAACCAGACCUUUCAUUUGAAGGUAUGAGUAGAUUAUUAGGAAAUAAAAAGCCUCAUUAUAAACUGAGUGUGCCUGACAUGCUUGACAAUGAGCUUGAACUGGAUGAAACAAUGUUUGAAGAUACUGACACCACACAAUUACUUGAUGAAGAGAUGGAGAAAGAAGAGGAAGCAUCUGGAAAUGUGUUGGAAGGCAGUUUUGAGAAUGAGGUAGUUGAGAAAAAGCCUAAUCUACAAGUAAUGGUUUCUCCUGAUAAUGAAACAGAGAAGAAUGAUGCAAUUCAAGAGAGCACUGGAUCACUUGAUGUAGUAGAGCCUCCGGUAAUAUCAAUUAUUAGCCCAACAAAUGUAGAUACAGUACAGUUUGUGCCAUCACCAAUGCAGCAGAAACCUGCAGAUUAUGAAAACUCAGAAAUGGAGCCAAAGCCACUGGAAGUAAUGCCUCCAGUAGGAGGGAGAGUGUCACCAGUAGCCAGGAGAAGAUCAGGUAGAAUUGAGAACACUGCUGAAGUUCUUGAAGAAUUGAGCAAAAUGUCAGUGAGUUUAAAUGUAUCAGAGUUACGGGAUCAUUUCGAGUCACCUUCAAAUAGCACAAAAUCAGAAAAUUCUAAUACCAGUCUUACCAAACAUAGCCCAACAACAACAGCGACAAUGACAACAAAAUUGACGGUAGACAGAAACGUUAAGAGUAUCUCGCCAUUAGUAACAGCUAGCAAGAGGGCCUCUCCACUAGCUGUAAUGAGUUUUAAAGCAGAGAAGAGAGGCAGUGUUAAUACACUGGAGCCAUUCACUGACAGUAGUGAUGACGAAGAAGUUGAUAGCAAAGACAACAACGAAUUUCUACGUGCGCCAGCAAUUAAGAAAGACACGACACAUCAUGAUUCAUCUGACUCAGAUGAUUACACUGAGACUGAAGAUAGCGAAGAUGAUGAUGAAUGUCAGCUCAUUCAGCCAUUAAAGCCAUCAGGAGGGACACAACAACUGACUAGCACUGGACCAGGACCAAAGUCACCUCCAAAGAGAAAGGUAACUCCAGCAUCUGGUAACCCGUUUAAUCCAUCAGGUCUUGGUGGAGCAAGUGGUAGGUACAAACCAGGUUCACAACAAAUUGAUAAACAAUUGACAAUAAUGGAAGAAGAAGAGGAGGAAGAAGAAGAUACAUAAAAAUGAAUAUACGUUAUACUAAUAUUAAUGACAAUA